AUCCUCAUCACUUUCAACCUCACCACCACACUCUUAUAUAUACACACAGACAGAGAGAGAAUUGACAGAAUCAAACCAAAACACACACACACACACACAAUGGAUCAUGAUUACCUGUUUGCAAAUGAAGAAUGCAGCAGCGGGUGCGAGUCUGGGUGGACUCUAUACUUGGACCACUCCUCCAUUCAUUCUCCAUCAUGUAAUCAAGAACGAGGGAGAAGAAGAAGUGGGGUUUUCACAGAAGCAAAAACAUUAAAAAGACAAGAGCAAGAACAAGAAGAAGACGAGGAUGAAGGAGAAGAUUCGUCCAUGGUUUCUGAUGCCUCAUCCGGACCUCCACACUUGAAUGAAGAAGAAUGCUACGGUGGAAACGACGCUAAUGGUAAUAUUAAUGGCUGCUUUUACCAUUACCCCGUUCACGCCCCAUUGUCCCGAAACAGGAACAAAAACAGAGAUAAUCGACGUCGGAAGCUUCAUCAACAUCACUCCUCUUUGCUUGACGACACUGCUAGCUCUCCCUUUUACGAUUUCUCCAAUACUAGUUUCACCGGAACAAGAAGUCUGCAGCCCUCGGUUGAGAAUGUGUUGGAAUAUUCACAAGGCUACUCCACGACCCAGUUUGAGGUGAGUCGACCUCCAUACCAGGACCACCAUUACGAUUUCUUCCAGUCUUCACCGUCAGCAAAUCAACUGCAGCAAAACCAGUGGUUCGAAGAUAAAAGGUGGUAAUGAUGCCAUGAAAUGACGACGACACUGAUGAUGAAUCACUACUAAUACUAGUACAAAUGUUUAUGCUGCUUUGGUGAUGUCCUGAUGAAAAAGAGAGGGACAAGAGGUUUUCACAAGGCAAAAGGGAAUUCAAUCUCAAAAAGGGAUCUUGUUCCCCCUUUCUUGUUUCCUCUCUUCUUCUUUUGUAGCUAUGGAUGAACUCAGAAACAGAAAAAAAGAGAAGAAAUUUUAA